CGCGCCUUCACGAGGAGGUAUCGAGCGCGUCCGCUGCUCGUGAGAGUCUACGAAGAGGGGUCGCGCGAGAAAUAAUACAGUUUGUCGUCAAAACGAAUUUCACAACAAUGAAAUAUUAUAUAUGAUAAAAUGCAUUUCACAUUACUUCUAUUCCUUCGUUUUACGUAUUAGGAAAAAUAGAUCAGAAAUAAAAGAGAAAUAGAGAUAUAUAGAAGGCUAGGAGAGAGAAAGAGAGAGAGGGGGAAUGAGUGGGAGCGGAUCUAUGUAGAGGGGAGAUAGGGUCGGGCGCUUUAGUGGUGGUGCAGUGUCCCGAGAGGUAAGAGGAAAAGGGGACGAGCAGAAGGCAGCGAAGGCGCUGCCCUCAGUCGGUCGGCCGUUUCACUACAGUCAGUAUACAGUGAGAGCAAACGAUUGGCUAUACGUGGUCUUUGCUUAAGCGCGCACUACACUCCGUGUGUUCCCGUUUUUCGAGUGAAGGCUUCGAGCUUCGUUCUGCCCGCUCUUUCGCUCGCUCGGUCGGUCGGUCGUAAGUAUGCGCGCGCGCACUCACACGCGCUCAACCAAAUAGGCAGACAGAGAGACACAGUGUGAGGAGUCGUGCAGAGACAGGCGCGCGUACAUAGCCAUCGAACGUGGUGAUUCGUACGGAGGUGGACGUGUGAUAGAGUUAAACCGAGGCCAUUUCUCGCGAAGGAAAAAGACAGCGGCCGUUCAUCGCUGUCCUUGUUGUCUUCAUCAUCAUCACCGUCAUCUUUGUCGUCGAUGAGAUCGUCAACGGGAUUUUGUCGACGCUUCAGCGUGAAAUUUUCCUGCUUGACUCGAAGGUAUAUAAACAAUUAUAUGAGAACCGUCCAUACAACAAGUCCUGGCAAACACGAGAAUCAAAAACAAUUGUGAGUAAAUAGAGCGAAAAGGGGGUACGUACCCUUACGGAACUCGCGUGUAUAGUCGCGCGGACGAUUGAAGUACGCUAGAACCCGUGUGUAUUCCGAGAGUUCUACUAUAGAUGUGUGAGUACGAAGAGUACUAAAAGGUGGGGGAGACAGUCUAUACUUCGCGGACAUCCGGCGGGGAAACCGCAUGUAUUCGUACGAAGCUCUCUGAGAGAGCGAGGGAAAAAAAGAAGAAGGAUCUGGCGCCGAGGGAAACCCGGGUGUUCUCAAGUGCUCGACAGAGACUUGAGAGGAGAAAGGAGGUUCUUUGCGUUCCGAUUGCCGCGUAUCUUUUACGUUUCCUUUAUUGUCGUAUUUAAAAGAAUAAAAUUGUAAUAUUACUUUUACAGAAGUUGAUCCUAUUAUUUAUCGUUAUCCCGUAUUAUUUAUCGUUGAUCCUCGUGCAUGCGUGCCCGCACGCAACGGUUGAAAUUUUCUGUACAAAUAAUAAGGGUGGUGGAAAAGAGGUGGAAGGACGUGACGGAGAAAGAGAGAGAGGUAUUAAGGGGAAAAGAGAGAAAUCAGAAACACGCCGAGCAGUGCUGCUCCCUAUUGGCGACGUCGAGUCGCGCUCCCCACCCGGGACAGUCGAACGAGGUCCGAAGGCGAGUUCUCGGCGUGCAGCUACGGUGAUUUUCCCUUACGAGAGUGUACGCACGAGACCUCGUAGCUCUGCAACACAUCACGUUCCGUGUAAACAUCUCUGUACGUAUAAUAUAUCGUGACUAGUAUCAAGCUAGAAUAUCAUCCUGGAAACGUGAAGAAAUAUAUUUCAAGGAAAUCGAAAAACAGCCAGAAGGAGAAAGAGAUAGAAAGAGACUGGUAGUGAAGUCCGCUUUAUACGCGUGCUAUCGUCGAUAUUUUCUUUCUCACCGAUCAACUGUGUGUGCGCCGAUCGUGAACGCGUCCCACGCGUGUGUCGCGUAUCACCGCCGCCGGUGAAACCGAGAGAAUUCGAACGAGUCAGAGGGUAAAAUAGGAUUUCUCGCGUGGUCGGUCCUCUCCCGUGGCACGCGCGGAGAGGGGUGCACGGAGAAGUGAGAGAGGGAGAAGGAAAGAAAGUGAGACAUCGCUGGACGAAGAUAGAAGAGGAAAGAGAAGGAGAAAGAGGAUAGAGACUCUUGAGGGGGAGCGACAAAGACGUGUAUAGUGCACAUAGGCGUUAGUGCUGCGCCCCAACGGCCGUUCGUCGAAGCUCAGUUAUCACAAUGGCUUCCGUGAAAGACACAGCAACUUUCUUCGCGGAGGGCACAGCGAGUCAGUUCGAACACGUCCUGAAGCUUUAUCCGCAGGCCCUCAGACUCAAGGCUGAUCAUAAGACGAAAAAACCCGAGGAGCUGAUCAAGUUGGAUAACUGGUACCAGAAUGAGCUUCCAAAGAAGAUCAAGUCGCGCGGCAAGGACGCGCAUCUCAAUCACGAGGAACUGGUGCAAACGAUGAAAUGGAAACAAAUACGUGGGAAGUUUUAUCCUCAACUGUCCUAUUUAGUAAAAGUGAACACACCUCGCGCUGUGAUGGCGGAAACGAAAAAGGCGUUCAAAAAACUUCCAAAUCUCGAACAAGCGAUUACUGCCCUCUCGAAUUUAAAAGGAGUAGGUACCACGAUGGCGUCGGCUCUAUUAGCAGCAGCAUCACCAGAGAAUGCACCCUUCAUGGCGGACGAAUGUCUGAUGGCAAUACCGGAAAUCGAGGGCAUCGAUUAUACCACCAAGGAGUACCUCAAUUUUGUUCAGCACAUUCAAAAUACCGUGGAGAGGCUGAACAAACAAACGUCGAACGGCAAAACAUGGAGCCCUCACAGGGUGGAGCUCGCUCUGUGGACCCACUACGUGGCGUCUGAGCUGAAGCCAGAGCUGUUGGACGGCAUUCCAGGCUCCACAGAGAACGGCAAUUCCCAUCCGCCCAGCAACGGCGAGGCGACAGAACCGUCGGACGACAGCAAUCAGGAAGCGGCACUGAACGGUAAGGAACUAGGCAGUAUUGAUCCGGCGGCCAUCGACGAGAACAGCAUGACCACGUCCUUCACCGAAGACUCGAUGGAUAAACCAGCUACGCCGAUUACAGCGGCCGUCGCCAGCGAAGAUACAAACGAUUCACUCGCCACGAACGACAACGACGACAGCAACAACACUCCCCGACCGACAGACAGCGAGGACACCGAAGACUCGCAGGACGUCCAGGAGCCGCCCACUAAGAAGAGUAAGAAGUGACCCACCGCCAGCCAGGGAGCCACGAAUACAAGCAACAACGUCAGCACCCUCGUGUCGGCCGCCAAUCUAACGCUGAUCGCAGCGAGGCGCUU